UUGCAUUAGUUUGUUUAUUAAACAAAUGUCAGAAUCUCUUCGAAUCACACAGUCAAAUAAACAUUUUGCAUAAAUUCUUUGUUCUUUUUAAGGAAAAACUAACAUAAAUGUCUACUUUCGAGUAUGGACCUGAUUCUGGUGGAAGGACCAAAGGUGUCAUAUUGAAACCAGUAGUGUAUGGUAAUGUUGCAAAAUACUUUGGCAAGAAGAGAGAAGAAGAUGGCCAUACACACCAGUGGACUGUUUAUGUUCGUCCAUUUGAAAAUGAAGACAUGUCAACUUAUGUGAAAAAAAUCAAUUUCAAGCUACAUGACAGUUAUGCUAACCAAAAUAGAGUACUUACCAAACCUCCAUAUGAAGUUACAGAAACUGGUUGGGGUGAGUUUGAAAUAGUCAUCAAAAUCUACUUUCAAGAUCCCAAUGAAAGACCUGUAACUUUCUACCACAUACUCAAGCUCUUCCAAAAUUCACCUGAAAUUGUGGUGGGCAAAAAACCGGUUGUAUCUGAAUUUUACGAAGAAAUUGUAUUUCAAGAACCAACUGUAAUGAUGCACCAGUUAUUGACAAGUAUUCCCCAGCUUUCUACUUCUCCAGUCAAGCACGACGCAGAUUUCGAAGAGAAGAAGGUUUCCACACUGGACAGCAUCGUCAAAGCAAAAGCAAAGGUGAAAAAUGAACUCUCAGAAUUAAAAGACCGCCUUCAACUAGCAAAGGAAACUAUUCAAAAAUUUCGAGACGAAGUUCAAAAUCUUCAGCUCGGUAAUCCUGCUUCCACUCCAACAUAGUGUUUCUCAAAAUGAAAUAAAAUUUGUCGCCAUUGUA